GAAGCCGGAGGCUGCAGGAGGAGCGCGUGUCCGCGGUGUUGGGGCGUCCGCAGGAUCCGGAUCUCAUUGGCACAGGUCCCGGGCGGGGUGGAGCGUAGCGGGGCCGCCUCUUGUUUUGCGGUCUUGUUUUGUCAGCCUCGCACCACUCAGAGCAGCUGCAGCAGGUCCUCCGGAGAGCAGCGCCCGACACGACCCGGCCAACGAAUCGGUUUGGACCCCCACCCCCACCCCCCCCGUUAUUCAACCUCAGGAGCCGGGCGCAGCCAACGAGCCCGAGAGGUGAAUCCAUCCGCGGAGGGUGUGUGUUUGGUCCUGCGGAGGACUGAAUCAGAGGACGCAGGGGGGGGGGGAGAGGCUGCUGCUGGAGGCAGGGGAAAGGGUUCGCGAUCGUCGGUGUCCUUCCCGGCGCCGACGCCGCCCUCGCUGUCCCGGAGGAGCCCGUUUGACCCGCGCAGCGUCUCCGCGGCACCGAAUGGAUGCGAGUGCGCGAGGAGAAUACUAAUGAGCGGCGCGCUGCGUCCUGCCGAGGCGCACCGCGUCCCCCGCCGCCGCCGCUGAGGGCCACAGCGGUCAUCCGGAGCGCACCGGGCCCCGCGCACCACCCUGGUUACUCCCCCGCCCCGCUUCCCUCCCGCGGGAAUCAAUGACCGCAGCCGUUUUAUCUCCUGGAUAAAUAAUAGAACAAAAAAACUCCUGCAGCUGCGCAAAGAAAACACAAACGCCGAAAUGGGCAACAGCUUCUCCAACAUCUCAGCCUUCCAGUCUCUGCACAUCGUCAUGCUGGGCUUGGACUCAGCGGGGAAGACCACGGUCCUCUACAGACUCAAAUUCAACGAGUUCGUCAACACGGUCCCCACCAUCGGGUUCAACACCGAGAAGAUCAAGCUGAGCAACGGCACCGCGAAGGGCAUCAGCUGCCAUUUCUGGGACGUGGGGGGCCAAGAGAAGCUGAGGCCCCUGUGGAAGUCCUACAGCCGGUGCACCGACGGGAUCAUCUACGUGGUGGACUCCGUGGACGUGGACCGGCUGGAGGAGGCCAAGACGGAACUGCACAAAGUCACCAAGUUCGCGGAGAACCAGGGCACGCCGCUGCUGGUCAUCGCCAACAAGCAGGACCUGCCCAAAUCCCUCCCGGUGGCGGACAUCGAGAAGCAGCUGGCUCUGCACGAGCUCGGCCCCUCCACCGCCUAUCACAUCCAACCCGCGUGCGCCAUAAUAGGCGAGGGGCUUCACGAGGGAAUGGACAAGCUGUAUGAGAUGAUACUGAAGAGGAGGAAAUCCCUGAAGCAGAAGAAGAAGCGGUAACAGCUGCGGUUUCUGGGAGGAGGCGAUUGAGUCCAAUAAACUGUGCGGGGGUCCCGGUUGUGCCAGUGUUUACUUUGCAGUGUUUUCCUAUCGUUUUGUUUUCUCCUCAUCCUCAGUUUGGAUUAAAGCUGUGAAGCCCUGCUGAGUGCAUCAUUCGGCACACGGGAGGCUGCAGGAUAUAGACUAUGCGAUAACCAAAAAAGACUAAAGAAACUUGAAGUGGCUCUUCAGGUGGACAGCGCGGAGGGAGAGACGCGGGCUGGCCCGUUAAUCUGCUGCCCCGCCGUGGACUUUGGACGCGGAGUGACCCGGAUGAUGAAGCUCCUCCGCCGUCGCUCACCAGGACUGUUAAGGCCCAGUAGUCUUCAUCUCCACCCACAGGAGGUCGUUUGAUUUUUGCACGUGGCGCGGGUCAUUUGUGCCCCCUGCUCUUUUUUUUAUUAUUUCUUUUUCUUUUUUUCUUUGAAUACCAGGACAGACAUGUGUAGUUUCAGUCUGGAUGUCAUGCUGACUGUUUUCUCCCCCCCCCCCCCCUGCGUGCUGGACUGAGGACACAGUGCCCACUACUUUGCACUUUUCAUUUCCUAACAAACAGUAGCGAACUACACUGUAUUAUUAGAGGAGCCGAUCCAGGUGGUUUAUGUACUAAGAAGCCAAAAUUGAAGUAUUUUUUGAAUAUUAAAACAUUUAAAAUCCA